AUGUCCCCGCCGUCUCUACCUCCCCUUUCUCAAUAUGCCGACGUCAUCGACAUCAGCUGGAGGCAGACCCUCCGUUACGACCCCCGCCUCGGCGAUGAAGAUGAAGACCAGACCGCUUACGGCUCCUACCACGGCCCCCACGACACCCCGCCCCUCCGCCAUGUCCGUAUCGAGACACCUUCCUGGGGCCCGGGAGGCUCGCAGGGUAGAUCCUCGCCCACCGAGACCGAAAAGCUGCCUCAGCGGCACGAAACCCGGUCUUUCGGGCACUUCAUGAACACGCUUCUCAAGACUGCUGUCAAGUACUUCCCCCUCGACCUCGCCUGGAUCCCCGCAAACUUCUCCUGGCCCAAGAUCAAGCCCGUCAUCCGUAGCUCCGUCAUGGCCUUUAUCUCAAUCAUCUUCAUGGUCCUAAGCCCUGUCGAGGGUGUCACCGGCCAGGCCACAUUCCUCUUACUCAUUGCCGCGUUCCUCGACCCACCCAGCGAUCCCCUUAUCUCCGUCCUCGAGCGCGAACUCAUACUCGCUCUCUUCGUCACCCUCGGUUGGGCAUGGUCCGCCCUAGGAAUCUUCUUUGCUCACCUCGCUCGGGACCACACUGACUAUAACGCUACCCUGACGGAUGUGCUCUCCGGACAGUACAUCGAGGCGGGACCGACGGUUAUCUGCGCCGUAUGGGUAUUCUUCGGCGUCACCUUCUUCCUCUUCAUCAAGGUCAAGAAGGGUCCCGGCCCUUACCUCAUUCCAUCCGUCUUUGGUGCCAUCACCAUCGACAUCUCUUUCGUUACAGCAGUCCUCUUCCCGUAUCCCUACUACACAAUCAGUCAGACUCUCGUCCUUCCUCUCGUGCUCCAUGCCGGCCUCUGUGUCGUGACGAGCGCAACAAUCUUCCCGAGCACUAUCACAGCGCAGUACGCGGGUGCCCUUGCGCGCGCGAUAGAGCCACUCGAAGCUGCGCUUCGUGAACACCGCGCCGUACUCAAACUCGCCCCCUCCAGCUCCGAGUUUCCCGCUGCCGUACAGAAGAUCGGCGGCCUCGUCACCAAGGCGGAGGCCGGACUCGGUCCUGCAGCGGCCGCUCUGCGCCUCGUCAAGAACGACAUCGUCUGGGGACGGUUCGCUCCGGCAGAUAUCGGGCGCAUGCAGGAGUUCGGGCGACGUCUUGUCGUGCGCGCGAACGGUUUAGGUAUCUUCUUCACACUCAUCGAACCGACGCGCGAACGCUUCCCCGUCACGCCUCUUCCUAGCAGACCGAGCACGCCGUCGAUGACUCCUGUCAUGUCCCGCCGACAAUCGUUCACGCACCCCGGUACCCCCACGCUUGGGCCCAACUCGCCCGGUCCGCGAGCAGAUCCGGACUCGGCGGGCUGGGCUGAUUCGAAGGAACGUGGACGGCUUCGACACCGCAACGGCCGGUCGAAGACAAACCCAAACGGGUCGAUGUCCUCUCUUCGGCUGACCAUCAGCCGGCACCUCCACCUCCGCCUGCGCAAGCCCGAGCACGAAGAAGACAGCCAGAACGAGCGGCUCCAUUUCUCACUUCUUCAUCUAGCUCAUAACUUAUCUGUGCCGUCGGCGACUACGCCCGUCGGCGAGACGGCCGUGGCGGUGUUCGAGAGCCAGCGGUACCUCGCGCUUGAGGCAACGCGGCUAAGCCACCCGGACAGCCCCGAGGCGACGGAGACUUUCGUCUACCUGCUCGGCCUCGGCUGCGACGAGCUGCUGGGCGUGUGCGCGGAUGCGGUGGGCGAGGCGAGGGGGUGGGUCGCUGGCGCGCGGAGCGGGUGGUUCGAGGGGAAGAGCAGUGCAGAGCAGAGGAGGGCGGAGAGGCUGGGGAGGAUGGCGGAUGUGAGGUAUAAGGUGGACAGCGCGUUGAGCAGGUUUAGGAAGGAGUAUAGGCACAAGGUGCUCGAUCCGUACCGGUCGGCGUUCGAUCCCAGCCAUGUCGGUUCGCCUGGUGUGGACGCGACGUCCGAGCCACCGCCACAUCGAUACCUCUUCCAUUGCUAUGUGUAUCAAUACCACCUUAUCCAGUUCACCACGGUGGUUAUCGAAAUGAUCGACGCGAUCAUGUCUCUCGAGGAGAACAAGAAAAGGCCGCGUCUAUGGGGGCCGUUCAUGCCCAUGAACGUCAAGAAAGUUCUCUUGUCGUGGGGUGGGAGCCAGUACGACGCGACGGUGGAACUGGAGGGUAACGACGACGAGGAUCCAGACGCAAUACCCGGUAUGCAAACAGACUGGGACGAGGAUCUCGGCCAGCCAUCUCGCAGAGAUCCCGACGCGCUCCCGCCGCACACUCCCUUAGAGCACAUCAUGUCCUGGUUCCACACCUUACUGAUGGGGCUCACCGGCGGCAAUAUGCUCUUCGCGCUGAAGGCGGGCACGCUCACCGUCCUCCUGUGCAUCCCGAACUUCCUCAAACACACGGCUCACUUCGCGUACGAGGAACGAUUCGUCUGGGGCAUUUUCAUGGGACAACUGACUCUAGCGCGAUUCAGAGGCGACACGACAUUCGCGCUAUUCGCCCGUCUGCUCUGUACGUUUCUCGGCGGCGUCACGGGUAUGGUAGUCUGGUACAUCGCUGCGCAGAAGGGGAUCGGCAACGCCUACGGCUACACCGCCGCCGUCGCAUUCUGCAUGCCUUUUUUCUACUACGGACGACUCUACUGGCCGGGCCCGCCGAUGAGCAACAUUAUCUUCUUUGUCACGGCCUGCCUGGUGCUCGGUUUCUCGUGGCAGAAUGCGCACUUCGCUGCGAUCUUUCACUUCUACGGCUGGGCACUCGCGUGGCGGCGGUUCGUGAUCGUCUGCGCGGGCGUCACGGCCGCGUUCAUCUUCAGUUUGCUCCCGCCGAGUACGACGCUGCGCAAGUACCAGCGGACGAUGCUGAGCACGACCACGGCGGAGCUGGGGAGUAUCUACUGCUCAAUCGUCAGUUUUGCGAACACGAGAGGACGGCAUGAAGUCAAUCGCGGCGAGAUCGUGCAGGCGCUGAUCGCUAUUCGCAUGAAGCUCAAGCGGUCAGUGGUGCUGAAGACGAACAUUAUCUACGAGUUCUCUCUUCGAGGCAAGUGGCCAGCGCAACGGUACCAGCGUAUCCUGGAGCUGCAGAUGCAAAUCGCGUUCCUGCUCUCGCACCUGAUGUCGGUCGUCGAACACCUGGAUCCGGCGUGGUCACUAGCCUUCCUCCGACGUACCCGUCUGCUCGAUGCGGAUUUUCAAGGAGACGUCCUUGCUGUGAUCUGCAUGAUCUCGACCGCACUUCGUACUGGAACGCCUCUGCCGCAAGUAACGCCGUGCCCCCUCGUUGACCGCUUCAUGGUCUAUACGCACGGGCUGAACAUCAUCCGGCAGGAAGCGGACGAUGACUACGGCUUGCCGCGGACUAUGACGAUCGAUACCUUGGAAAACGAGCAGUAUCUAUCGUUCGCGGUCGGUGUGACGACCGCGUUCGGUAUCAUCCUCCGCCUCGACAAACUGAUGGUGGCCGCGAAGGAGCUCGUCGGCGAGCAGUACCAUAUUCACGGGAUCGGUAUCCCUGCGGAGGCGAGGGCCUUCAUGGAAACUACGCCAACGGAAAAGAUCGGGAAGGAACACUAA